AUGGAAAAUUGGGACCGCACCUCCGCGGCGGAAGACCACCAAUGGGCCCUACGCGAAGACCCCGACUAUUUCGCCAGCGUCGUGCUCGAUAUGGCUGAGCAUACCCCCGAAAUGUUGAAGGAUCUGCAGGGCCGCGACCAUCCCAUUCUGAAGGGCAACCGGAAGAACAUAAUCUGGGCGCGGGUUUUGGCGUGCGUGGUUUGCGACGCCUUCUUGAAAGUCGAGUCCGUGUUCAAACAAGAAGGCGGGCAAGAGCCGUGGCGAUGA